AGACGAAUGGUUUGAAAUUUAUUGAAUAGCACUUAUGAUUUUAAUAUCACUGAACGACACAAUUGUAAAAAAAAAAAUAUUUUUAAUAGGUAUCAAGUAUUUUUAUAAACAUAUCCAAUUCCUCAAUAAUUAAUCUUUAAGUAACAAUGGAGAGAAUAGUGCAUUUUGACUUCAAAGGAGCACCUUUGAAAGUGUCGUAUUUAGAAAAGGUAUUUAAUCACAUAAAAUCAUGGGGUAGUACGGGAAUUCUAAUAGAAUGGGAAGACACAUUUCCAUAUACAAAAGAUUUGAAGGAUUUCGGCAGUGUGAGGGGCUGUGGAGGAGACGGCAUGUAUUCACAACAAGAUGUGCAAAAUAUCUUGAUGUGCGCUAAAGCAAAUGGCCUGGAAGUGAUACAACUGAUCCAAACAAUCGGUCACAUGGAGUUUGUACUAAAGCACCCGCAGUGUAUCCACCUUCGGGAGUCCCCUCGCUCACCAGCAGUGCUCUGCCCCACGAAGCCAGAGGCUCUACGGCUCGUGUGUAACCUGCUGCAACAGACGUUGGAAGCACAGCCGGAUGCUAAGUAUAUACAUAUUGGCGCAGAUGAGGUAUGGCAUUCAGCUGUAUGUCCAGAUUGUCAAAGAAAAGCGUCCACACAUAAGUACAAAGUGGCAGCUCUAUAUCUCGACCAUAUACGAGAAGUGGCGUUGUUUGUUAAACGGCUUAGACCGAAUAUAACUAUACUGAUGUGGGAUGAUAUGCUACGGCAGAUGAGCGUAGAAACUCUGCAAGCAUACAAUCUCCGAAAUUUAAUACAACCAGUACUAUGGAACUAUAAUACUACGGAACAUUUCCAAAUUGAGAAGCCUCUAUGGGACAAAUACGUUCCUAUUUUCACGGACGUAUGGGCUGGUUCCUCUUUUAAAGGCGCUAAUGGCAGUAGUCAGGUGCUAUCGCCAGUGAGUCGAUAUGUGAGCAAUCAAGAAGCAUGGCGGAGGGCGAUUACACGAAAACCAGAUAGCAUAAGAUUUGUUGGUGUUAUAUUAACGGGGUGGUCGAGAUAUGACCACUACGCUACAUUAUGUGAACUGCUGCCCGUAUCUUUGCCAAGUUUGUUCAGCUGCCUGAAAGUGUGGAUGAGGCCAGACGAUACUGAAAGUGAAGCAGUAAGCGACGUGUUAUCCGAAAAUGAAUGGAGUGGUAUCGAACUAGCUCGUUGCAUUCAUUCGUUCGUGAUGCUACGGGAACGUUGCGGACAACUGUUGCACGGAGAUGCAGUAGCGACAUGGCUAAACCCGUGGCAGAUACAGAACGGCUACACCAGUCCGGUACAAGUGGAGAGUGUAGCGAACGCUUCGCAUGCCCUACUCAUAGACUUAAAAGGCCUACACACGGAGACUAAACGCCAACUGGAGCUAGUUACUGGCCCGAGAAGUUCGCAAGAGUGGAUGGGGAGUUUCUUCGAUACAAUACUGAAACAAGUAGAAGAGUUGAACAGAGUGGCUACCGCGAGGCGAGAUACUAGCGCCAGUGUGAAACCGUUGUAGUGGGAAUUGUGAAAGUUGAGAUAGUGACUAGCGCUAGCACAAAAUUUUGUGACGCGAGUGCUGUGGGACUUUUCAAGAUGACUGCCGGGCGAGGUAGCUUGUGUGAAAGUAGAAAUAAGAUGAAGUAAUAAAUAAAAAAGACUAUGAAAUGUUCAGUAUAAGACUGUUGAAAAUGGAUAAGACCCCAGAAAAAUAAGAAUUGGUAAAAUAAUAAAAAGUGUGAAUAUUGCCUACUAUGGGGCAACAUACUUCCCCCAGUAUGAGACUAUAUCGUAGUGGGAAUUGGGUGAGAGUCAAGUGGAAGCGUGACUAGCGCCAGUAACUAGCGUAUACUUUAAAACUUGCAAGUUUCCACAGAAUUCUAUCAGAAUUAUCCGAAUAGA